AUGAAUGGCCCUGACAUGGAGGAAAUACCGUUUCAGAAAGUCAAAACCAGGCGGAAGAGAAGUCACUGUCCAAAGGGCGUCCCUUUGACCACCAUCGCAUGUGAGGACGAGUUCGACUGCAAGGAGCUCGAGUCCCUCUUCCAGAACUAUAACCUGAAGCUGGAGCAGACGUCCACUCUCAAAGCCCUGGCCGUCCUCAUCUUCAUGUCCUCGACACUGGCGGUGGUGGAGUUGCUGUCCGGCCCCAGCCUCACCAUCUCCAAAGGGUCCCAUCCGGUCCACUGUGUCAUCUUCGUCUCCCUGUUCAUCGUAACCAAUGUCAAGUACCUGCAAGUGACUCAGCUACAACAGAUUGUUAACCUGACGCUACUCUUCGGCUUCACGUUCUCUUUCCUCUGCUGUCCCUUCUCGCUGGGUGCGAUGGGGAUGGAGCCCCCGACGUCCCCGGAGCAAGGCGUGUGGCAGCUCAUCCUGGUCACCUUCGUCGCCUAUGCGCUCCUACCUGUGCGGACACUUUUGGCGGUUGUGCUUGGAAUAAUGGUCUCCAUCUCGCAUUUGAUUGUGACUGCCACUUCUGUCACAGCGAAAACACAGCAACUGUGGAGAACGUUGGUUGCCAACACAGUGCUGUUCACCAGUGUCAACCUGUCAGGGCUGUUUGUGCGCAUCCUGACAGAACGAGCCCAGAGGAAGGCCUUCCUGCAGGCUCGCAACUGCAUCGAAGAGAGACUCCGCAUGGAGGAUGAGAAUGAGAAACAGGAGCGCCUGCUAAUGAGUCUGUUGCCCAGGAACGUAGCUAUGGAGAUGAAAGAGGAUUUCCUGAAGCCCCCAGAAAGGAUCUUUCACAAAAUCUACAUCCAGCGCCAUGACAAUGUCAGCAUCCUGUUUGCAGAUAUAGUCGGUUUCACCAGCCUGGCUUCCCAGUGCACAGCCCAGGAACUGGUUAAACUGCUAAAUGAGCUGUUUGGAAAGUUUGAUGAGCUUGCCACGGAGAACCACUGUCGCAGGAUCAAGAUCCUGGGGGAUUGUUACUACUGUGUGUCUGGACUGACCCAACCCAAGACUGACCACGCCCACUGCUGUGUAGAGAUGGGUCUCGACAUGAUUGACACCAUAACGUCGGUAGCGGAGGCCACAGAAGUCAACCUAAACAUGCGUGUGGGCUUGCAUACAGGUCGGGUGCUGUGUGGAGUGCUCGGCCUCAGGAAAUGGCAAUAUGAUGUGUGGUCCAAUGAUGUGACCCUAGCCAAUGUGAUGGAGGCUGGAGGACUACCUGGGAAAGUCCACAUCACCAAAUCUACGCUGGAGUGCCUAAAUGGAGAUUAUGAGGUGGAGCCUGGAAACGGCCACGAAAGGAACGCCUUCCUCCUAAAAAAUGAAAUUGAAACCUUCUUUAUAGUGCCAUCUCACCGACGGAAGAUAUUCCCAGGAUUGAUUCUUUCGGAUAUAAAGCCAGCCAAAAAGAUGAAGUUCAAAACUGUGUGCUACUUACUUGUGCAGCUUAUGCACUGCAGGAAGAUGUUCAAGGCUGAGAUUCCCUUCUCCAAUGUCAUGAACUGCGAGGACGGUGAUAAGCGGAGGGCCAUGCGGACGGCUCCACAGAAGCUGAGGAAUCGUUCCAACACAAACCAGGCUAACGUGGUCCAGAGCAGCCCCAGAACCCGGGUUAACCGUUACAUCGGUCGACUAAUCGAGGCCCGCCAGACCGAGUCAGACACAGCAGACCUCAAUUUCCUCACACUUAUGUAUAAGUGCUCUGAGCGCGAGAAGAGGUACCACCAGGUUCCUGAUGAGUACUUCACCAGUGCAGUGGUCCUCUCUCUGAUCCUAGCUGCCUUGUUUGGCCUUGUCUAUCUUCUCAUCAUACCACAGGGCACAGUGGUUCUUGUCCUUCUCGUCUUCUGCAUCUGUUUCCUAGUAGCCUGUAUCAUGUACCUGCAUAUCACUAGAGUGCAGUGUUUUCCAGGGUGCCUGACCAUUCAGAUUCGCACUGCUCUCUGUAUUCUCAUAGUGCUCUUAAUCUACGCCGUGGCCCAGACCUGUGUGGUGGGCUGUAUGCCCUGGUUGUGGGGUAGUGCCAACACCAACACCAACAGCUCCAUCGUCAUCAUUGAUAUGGACAGCGGCGCCAACCACACCAUGGCGGAGCUGCCUUGUGACGGUGCCGGCUAUGCCUUUCUGUCCUGUGUGUUGUGCACACUCACCCUGGCACUUUUCCUGCGGGUCUUCUGGCUGCCUAAGAUGGUGCUAAUGUUCCUACUGGGGGUGCUGUAUGUCACUGUGUUGGAACUCAGUGGCUUUCGCAAGACUGCAGGUGGGGGGUCUUUCCACAUCCGAGGCUAUGAGCCCAUCCUGUCUCUGUUGCUCUUUGUCAGUGCCCUGGCCCUCCACUCCAGGCAACUUGACCUCAAGCUACGCUUGGACUUCUUAUGGGCUGUGCAGGCGGAAGAGGAUAGAGAUGGCAUGGAGAAAGUGAAGCUGGACAACAGGAGGAUUCUCUUCAAUCUUCUGCCCGCGCACGUGGCUCAACACUUCCUAUUGUCGAACCCAAGGAACAUGGAUCUCUACUAUCAGUCCUACGCACAAGUUGGUGUCCUGUUUGCCUCAAUCCCAAACUUCAAUGAUUUCUACAUUGAGCUGGAUGGCAACAACAUGGGAGUGGAGUGCCUGAGAUUACUGAAUGAGAUCAUCGCUGAUUUUGAUGAGCUCAUGGAUAAGGAGUGCUACAAAGACAUAGAGAAAAUCAAAACCAUUGGCAGUACAUAUAUGGCAGCUGUGGGCCUCGUCCCCACCGUUGGUACAAAGGCCAAGCAAUCUGUUUACGACCAUCUGAGCACAAUAGCAGACUACGCCAUUGAGAUGUUUGACGUUUUGGAUGAAAUCAACUAUCAGUCAUACAAUGAGUUUGUGUUGAGAGUGGGUAUCAAUGUGGGUCCAGUAGUUGCGGGGGUGAUUGGGGCGCGGCGACCUCAGUAUGACAUCUGGGGGAACACAGUCAAUGUGGCCAGCAGGAUGGACAGCACGGGAGUACCGGGAAAGAUACAGGUGACCGAAGACGUCUAUCGCCUGCUGAGUACCAACUACGACCUGGUAUGCCGGGGCAAAGUCAGUGUCAAGGGUAAAGGUGAGAUGCUGACCUACUUCCUGGAAGGCAAGGUUCAGGGUGUGGGCACCAUAAUCACUUCUUCAGUGGUGCGUUCCGCCAGCCUGGCGCGCCGAAUCCACUCCUGUGGCAAGACAAGCGUCCCGACCAAUCUGGGCAGCAACAUGCAGAUGAACACUGCCAACAGCAGCAACAGCCAAGUGACAUGUCUGCCCUCAUCCUGCCUGCCUUCAGUGAGUAAAGAGGAUGAGGAGGCCAUAGAGGUGACACAGAUUGAGAUUGAGGCUGUGGCAGAUGUGGCAGUGUAG